AUGGCCAGAACUAAGCAAACAGCAAGAAAAUCCACAGGAGGAAAGGCACCAAGAAAACAACUCGCAUCAAAGGCUGCAAGAAAAUCAGCUCCAGUUUCAACAGGUAUUAAAAAGCCUCAUAGAUAUCGUCCUGGAACUGUUGCUUUGAGAGAAAUAAGAAAAUUUCAAAAAUCUACUGAUUUGUUAAUAAGAAAAUUGCCUUUUCAAAGAUUAGUAAGAGAAAUUGCACAAGAGUAUAAAACAGAUUUGAGAUUUCAAUCUCAAGCAGUAUUGGCAUUACAAGAAGCAGCUGAAGCUUAUUUAGUUGGACUUUUUGAAGAUACAAAUUUGUGUGCAAUCCAUGCAAAAAGAGUUACAAUUAUGCCAAAAGAUAUUCAAUUAGCCAGACGUAUUCGUGGAGAAAGAUCAUAA